GGUUAUAAAUAUUAGAAAUUGUUAGCAAUAGUGUUAAUAAGUAGUCCAAGUAGUUUUGUGUAAGAUAGUGAUAAUGACAUUAAAGGAAUAUAGAAAAAUACAGUUGUUGUGUUUUGUGGGUGCUGUACUUAUUAAGAUCACUCAAGCAGAAUGUGACUUCUCUAAGAUAUUCCGAACACCCAAAGAUAUGAGAAAAGUAAAUUUCGAUCAUUUGGAGAUUUUGGAAAGGGCCGAUUUUGAUCCCUGUGAACCUACAACUGCUUCACCUGCAGGUGUAACUCCAACAACAACAGAAAAUCCAACACGAAAAAAUAUCAAAGCAUCAGAUCGGAAUGUGGCCAACGCUCAAGUUAUGCUUAGGUUUGGUGGAGAUAAUGUAGAAGGAAGUAACAGCAUUGUGAAAGUACCACAUCAAUGUAGACCUUUAGUGGGAAGCCCUCAUGCAGACUCUAAUAACGUCGCACAUAAUCAUAAUACUUUUCAUCCUUCUUGUCAUCCACAAUAUUAUUAUCCUUAUUCACCACCUGCACCCUACGCAUACCCUAAUUAUUAUUAUUAUUCUCAUUAUGGAAAUCAGUCCCCAUACUCCUAUGUGCCUCAAGAAUAUCAUAAAAGCAACCUGGAUAUCAACAGCAAUGAUAAAAAUAAGGAGGAACAGGAAGAACUUAGCAAGAGUAAUAUCAAGAGUAUAUUGAAUAAGUUACUUAAAAAAUAUAAUACUUUAUCGAUGAAAGAUCGAUAUAAACAUAUUUUCGAUAAAAAUGACGAAUCCACUGAAUCAAAUAGUGAAGAGAGUAAUUUAAAAAUGACAAUCAAAGGUCAACCUAAUCAAGGAUUAAUCAGUCAAAGGAUAAAAUCGAGAAUUUUGAGGUCGCUGGAUUCUAAUAGCAAUGAAAAGUCUAAAGACGAGACAAAUAAGGUGUUGGAGAAUUCUGAAAACGAUGACUUCAAUAACAAUGGCAAAGAACACGAAAUGAAAAGUAAUUUAACUACACCAGAAAAUGAUAUGGAUUCCAGAGAAUUAGAAGAAAGCGAUGAAUUUGAUUUUUCGAGCGAGAAAAACAUAGAAAAUAUAAAUACUCUUUUAAACAACGCUCUGAUGACCUACAAGUGUAAAAAUUGCAACAAUACCAAUGAAAAUAUAGUUUCUUAUCCAGCUCUUAAUGAAAAUAUAUCAACUACAGAGUUUAAAGAGCUUUUAUCUUCCACAGAAAGUUUAGAUCUCUCUGAAGAUAUUGAUAAACUGAUACAAGUUAAAAACAUUUCAGAAGGAUGUCUGUGUAAGAAGUGUAAAGAACUGAAUUCUACUGAAGUAGAUCCAAAAUUUAUGAAAAGUUUUGAGGAAUUGUUGAACUAUUUCACUGAAAAAGAUCAUACAUUAGGUGAUACAAAAAGCAAUUUGGCAUUUGUUCAGAAAUACUUAGCUCCAAUUUUGGAAAUUUUAAAAACGCAGUUGGGUCUUUCGAAAAAUGAUGAUAAUUUAAGAAGUAAUGACGAUAUAAAAAUUUCUUCGAAGAAUAACAAUUUCCGUUCAAAUGAGAUUAAAUCUUUAAAGAAAGAAUCUGGAAUACCAACUGAAGAAAGCGUUUUAGACUAUCCUAAAAGUAAUAUUGACAAUGAACCCUUUGAUGGAACAAAGCCUCAGCUAGAAUUACCAGAAAUAUCAAAUGUUUUUGACGCUCAAGCUAAUUUCAUUAAAAAAUGCGAUAACAACUGUCCAAAACUGCAAGGGGCAAACGAUAUUCGAAGAGCAUUUUUUCCAAUACGAGAGCAUGAAUCAACACUUACAUCACCAAGAUAUAUUAAAGUACUGCCUAUUUUUUCACAAGCCCAAAGAAACAGAGAUGAAUUCUUAGCUCCCAAUUUUAAUGAGUAUUUUACUAACCCACUAGGGCCUGAGUACGCAAGAUACAUACCUAAUGGGGGAUUGAUAUAUCCUGUAAGAGAUGAAAAAAUUGGGACUCAAGAAUCUUAUGGUUAUGUUCCUCCAUUUAGGCCUCCAGUUAGUUCUUGCACAGGAUGCGGAUGCAAAUGUUCAGGACCUACUUUCUGUCCUAACUGUGGAUACCGUAUCAGAUAAUUAGCAGAAAGAAAUAUAAAUAAGAAUAAAAAAUACUGAAAUAAAAUGUUCCUAAAUAUACAGAGUUCAGAAAUGUUAUAAUUAGAAAUGAUGGUAGUUAGACAUUUUGUCAUAAGUAUAGUACCUACAUAUAAUUAUUUUUAUACAUCACUUUUAAUCGUUUUAAGAACUACUAUAUACAGGGUGGUCCGAACUGUGUUUCGGAAACUUCGGCACCAUAU